UUUUCACAAAAGAACUCGUCAACAUAUCAGACAAAAACUAACCCACAACAGAGUCAGAAAAACAGAAAAAAAAAAAACUUAAAUUGCAUUGCAAUUAUAAUAAAGUAAUUGGUAGGUGAGAGAGAAUAAAUGCAUUUCUAUAUUACACAGCAACACAGCUUCAUAAUCACAUUAGUUUCACUUCUUUUAUAUGAAAAGAGAUUGCAUUUUUGUUAUGUUCAAAUGGACAUGCACGUGGUUUCAUCUUCUCUUCCUGCCAAUCAAUAAUCAAUACAUAUACAAAAUAUUCAGCACUCCAUUAAAUUGGCUCACCUGCUUUCUUUCCUUUCCAGCCAAGCUAACCGGUACUCAUUUUGCUCAUCACUCCACCAUUUUCAUCUCAAGAAUUGCCCAUCUUUAAUUUUCAGUUCUUCACUCGAAACCCACAAAUUAGAAAACCCUGUAGAUCUUUAUUUUUGUGCCCAUUUAGAAAUGUGUUCUCAAGUCAAGAGCUUUCUUUAAUUUCAGUGAAAGUUUGGAAAAUGCUGCUGCUUAAUUGUUAUGAUCAUGGUUGUGGUUUUGUGUUUCUUGCUCAAGAAUUACUUAGCUGCAAGUUCAAAUGGGAUCCAGUUGUCAAUGAUGCCAAACGGAUAGAUCCAAUUAAUUCUAAUUUGUAAUAAUUCUCAGCAGCAUUCUAUUUUGUACAGUGAGCAUGACGAGAUUUUGUGUCUCUCAUGCUCUAUUAAUUUUAGUUUCUUGUUUUCUUGGACUCACCUCUACUGUCUCACCAGCUACUGAGAAGGAGAUCUUGCUUCAAUUCAAGUCAACUAUUACUAAUGACCCUUAUAACAGCUUGGCCACCUGGGUUUCAACUGGCAAUCCUUGUAACUACAGUGGUGUGUUCUGCAAUUCAUUUGGAUUGGUUGAGAGGAUUGUUUUGUGGAACAAGAAUUUAUCUGGGUCUUUGUCACCAGCAUUAUCAGGUUUGAGAUCUUUAAGAAUUUUGACAUUGUUUGGCAAUCAAUUUACUGGUAACAUUCCUCUAGAAUAUGCAGAGUUAAGCACAUUGUGGAAGAUUAAUUUAAGUUCUAAUGCCUUAUCUGGGAAAAUCCCGGACUUUAUUGGUGAUUUACAGAACAUUAGGUUUCUUGAUUUGUCAAGAAAUGGUUAUAGUGGGGAGAUUUCAUCUUCUUUGUUCAAGUUUUGUUAUAAGACUAAGUUUGUUUCUUUUUCUCAUAAUAGUCUCUCUGGUCAUAUUCCUGUUUCAAUUGUGAAUUGUACUAAGCUUGAAGGGUUUGAUUUCUCUUUCAAUAAUCUAAGUGGCGAAUUGCCUUUUCGAAUAUGUGACAUUCCUGUGUUAAAGUAUAUGUCUUUGAGGAGCAAUGUGUUAACUGGCAGUGUUCAGGAGGAGAUAUCAAGAUGUAGGGGAUUAAGUUUUUUGGAUCUUGGUAGCAAUAUGUUCUCCGGGUUGGCUCCAUUUGGGGCUCUUGGAUUUCAAAACAUGAGCUAUUUCAAUGCUUCAUAUAAUAUGUUCCAUGGGGAAAUUCCUCAGAUGGGAACUUGCAAUGAGGGGCUGGAAUUUUUCGAUGCUUCGGGCAAUAAUUUCGAUGGAGAGAUCCCAUUGAGCAUUACUAGUUGUAUUAACCUUAAAGUUCUUAACUUGGGGUUUAACAGGCUAAAUGGGAGUAUACCAGCUCAGAUUGUAGAUUUGAAAAAUCUUAGGGUGCUGAACUUGGGGAAUAAUUUGAUUGAUGGAACAAUCCCUGUCGGAUUUGGAGGCAUUGAGCUACUUUUGGUAUUGGAUUUGCACAAUCUCCGUCUCAAUGGCGAAUUUCCGAGGGAUAUAAGCAAUUCAAUGACUCUUCGCGAGCUGGAUCUUUCUGGUAAUGGUUUAAGUGGAGAAAUUCCUAAUACACUGUACAACAUGACUUGGUUAGAAAUUCUUGAUCUUCAUCAAAACCAAUUCAGUGGUAGCAUACCAGAGACUAUAGGAAACCUAACAAACCUCCUAGUUCUUAACCUUUCACAAAAUAUUCUUUCCGGGGCAAUCCCGUCUUCACUUGGAAAUUUGCCAAACUUAACAUUUUUCAAUCUCUCCUCUAAUAGCCUUUCAGGUCCCAUCCCUCCAAUGCCAAAAUUCAUGGCUUUUGGUGCAUCUUCAUUCGUGAACAAUUCAGGUCUCUGCGGUCCUCCAUUAGAGAUUUCUUGCUCAGGUAAUGGCGCGGUGCCAAUGUCAAAGAAAAAGAAAGUGCUUGGAACUUCUGUAAUUAUAGCAAUUGUCGCUGCUGCAUUGAUCCUUACUGGGGUUUGUGUGGUAUCAAUCAUGAAUAUUAGAGCACACAGUAGAAAAAGAGAGGACGAGACUAUGGUCGUUGAGAGUACACCAUUGGGUUCGACGAGUUCUGGUGUUAUAAUCGGUAAGCUGGUUCUGUUCAGCAAGAGUUUACCCUCAAAAUAUGAAGAUUGGGAAGCUGGGACAAAAGCGUUGCUCGACAAGGAAUGUUUAAUCGGUGGCGGGUCAAUCGGAACAGUCUAUCGUACGAAUUUCGAAGGAGGAAUCUCAAUCGCGGUGAAGAAGCUUGAGACUUUAGGUAGAAUCAGAAGCCAAGAAGAGUUUGAGCAAGAUAUCGGACGACUAGGUAACCUUCGGCAUCCGAAUUUAGUUGCAUUUCAAGGUUAUUAUUGGUCAUCAAACAUGCAGUUACUUUUAUCUGAAUUUGCUCCAAAUGGUAAUCUAUAUGAUAAUCUACAUGGACUUGAUUAUCCAAGCACCAGUACUGGUGUUGGAAAUAGAGAAUUAUACUGGUCUAGGAGGUUUCAGAUUGCUCUAGGAACAGCAAAAGCACUUUCUUACCUUCAUCAUGAUUGUAAACCUCAGAUUCUCCAUCUUAACAUCAAGUCUACUAAUAUACUCUUAGAUGAAAAUUAUGAGGCUAAGUUGUCUGAUUAUGGCUUAGGGAGGCUACUACCUAUUUUAGACAAUUAUGGUUUAACCAAAUUCCAUAAUGCAGUAGGGUAUGUUGCACCAGAAUUGGCUCAAAGUCUAAGAUUGAGUGAGAAAUGUGAUGUGUAUAGCUUCGGAGUCGUUCUGUUAGAGCUAGUCACCGGGAGGAAACCGGUAGAAAGCCCGUCAACAAAUGAGGUAGUGAUUUUGUGUGAAUAUGUUCGUAGCUUAUUGGAGAGUGGUUCUUCUUCAGAUUGCUUUGAUAGAAGUUUAAGAGGGUUUUCAGAGAAUGAGCUGAUUCAGGUAAUGAAAUUGGGGUUAAUUUGUACAUCUGAGGAUCCUUCAAGAAGACCAAGUAUGGCAGAGGUUGUUCAGGUUCUUGAGUCUAUAAGAUCAGAAGGGGAAUCCUCAUAGAAAAUGGAUUUCAUAUUUAGGGUGAAACAUAGUAGAAAAUCAUUCUUUUCUAUUCAUUUUCGGAUCUUUCCGCAAUAAAACGAUUCAUUUCUGUAUCUCAUGGGCGAUUUAGCAAAUUAUAGCGUUUUUACAAAA